ACUGACCUCCAGACGGACGAGGAACAAGGAGAGAGACUACUACACUACUUCACCUGAGAUUAUAUUCCAGUUGCUGUGAGAGCCCUGAACCAUGCGUGCUGUUGUGGUUACUGCCGUCCUUCUUCUGGUGGUGCUGAUGUUCAUGUCCGCCUCUGCAGCCGACAUGUGUAAGACCAAAUUUCCGCCCAUACCGUGUACCAACACGAAGCUCGGUGAUGGUUGGGUCCAGAUAACUAAAAAACGCUGUGUGAAGGCAUUCUACGAUAAUCUGGUCUACACUGAUGCACAGAGAGCCUGUAGAAAGUACCCACAUGGCCUUCUGGUAUCGAUCCACAAUGACGAUAAUCAGUCUCAAGUGCAAUGUGCCAUGUACAGAGCCACCACCAGAAAAGUUCAAUACUAUAUCGGACUAAUUUCUACGACGGUUAAUGGGAAAAAUGCGUGGACUUGGACAGAUGGCAGUGUUUUUAAUUACCAGAGAUGGGGUGCUGGCCAGCCUGACAAUUAUAACAACAGAGAGCACUGCGUUGAGAUGGUCUCUUGGGACUCGGGACUCUGGAACGAUGUGGCCUGCGCUGACAAGAAGUCCUACGUGUGUGAAGUGUUAGUCUAGUAGUUCAGAGAGAAG